UGAUUUGUUGAGUGCCACGCUACAAAUAAAUGCUCAUGCACCCACAUCACAAAUCACAUGCACGUACUCGCAAGGCAGGACAUGCAAAGAAGGCACGUUUUUCUGUGGGAGGGGGCAGAAGUGAACAAACUGACCCCAAAAAAUGUGUAAAUAAAGCAACCCCUACCCCUGGAAUGAGGCGUUACCCCUCAGACUUUCUCGAUCAAUCACAGGGGACAGUGGCUUCUUUUGAUAAAAAACCCAAAUUGUCAUUGGGCAGAUGCAAUCAUGUGACAAGUAUAGCACGGCCUAAUUCCAACGAUGUCCUCAUGAAGGCAAUAGUUUAUGGGAUAGAGGUCUCCAUACGACAAUAUCUAGUUUAGUCGUUUAUGAUAAUAAACGGCGUAUUAAUCUGAGUUAAUUUUAAUGCAGCGAGAUUUUCAACACAAGGAGGAGAUGAAUUACGAAUUUGGGAGAGAAAGUGGUUUUAUCAACAGCCAGCCGUCGCUCGCUGAGUGCCUGACAUCUCUCACUAACCCUGUCGGUGAUGCAUUUCAAAGUUCAUCAAUCAAGAGCUCGGCGCUUUCACAGUCGACACUGAUUCCUCCUCCUUUUGAGCAGACCAUCCCCGGCCUGCACCCGGGCAUCCACCCACGCCACAGCCGCGCAAAGCAGCCGCUGCAGGCUGGAUCCCUUCCCCCGGAGUACCCGUGGAUGAAGGAGAAAAAAAGCAUCAAGAGACACCCGACUGCUGCUGCUGCUUCUUCUGCAACAACGACGACUGACUCCUCGCCACUCUACUUCUCCCCCCAAGGUUCCCCAGAGGAGCCAGAGCUCGGAGGGGCAUCCCGGAGAUUGAGGACUGCGUACACCAACACCCAACUUCUGGAGCUGGAGAAGGAGUUUCAUUUUAACAAAUACUUGUGCAGACCGAGGCGAGUGGAAAUAGCUGCUUUGCUGGAUUUAACAGAGAAGCAGGUGAAAGUGUGGUUUCAGAACAGGAGGAUGAAGCACAAGAAGCAGACCCAUUGCAAGGAGAACCGGGACAGUGAGGGGAAAUACGCGUGCCUGGACGACGGGCCGGAGGACGAGUUUGAGCAGGAGGAAGACAGCAGUGCAGCCGGGGGGACGCUCCUGGAGAGGGAGAGGUAUUUCCACCAAAAUACCUUAACUUCACAACAUUGUAUGAACGGGCACAAUGGGGACAACCAAAGCGCUUUGAACAGCAAUGAGAAAAAUCUGAAACAUUUUCCUAACCCGGCACCCACUGUUCCUAUCUGCGUGUCAACAAUAGGCCCGGACAAUGAUAAUUCCCCGGGCCUGGACGUCUCUUUGCAGGAUUUCCACGUUUUCUCCUCCUCCUCCUCUUUCUCACCAAGUUUGUCAGAUUCUGCACAUAGUCCCUUGUCUUUAUCCUCCGACACGUUUGACCUUUUCUCAGAAACACUCACAACAAUCGACCUGCAAAACUUGAGCUAUUAAAAUAUUUCAACAUGUUUCAUUUGAGUUCAGACACUUGUGUCCAGUUUAUACUCAAUUAAGUGAUCUCAAAAGUAAAGACAAAUACAUUAGCCUAUAUGGGCAGUUUAGCCUGCGAGGAAAUACUUUAUUUUUAUAUGGAUUUCUACUAUAAGUGAGAAUAUUUUUCUUGAAAUAAAACUUGACAUUUAUUGGAA